AUGCAGGCGGAAUUGAUCUAUCGAAAGCCGUCGAUGACGAGCCAGGGCGGUUUUCAUCGUACUGGCAACGAUAAUAAACGGGAAAAUAACGGGGGACGAGACUCGCGCGAAACCAUACAUUCGGGCCACUUUAUGGUGUCGGACUUUGAGGCUGAGGCGCAGGACGAUGAGGACGAUCUUGCUGUGCCAGUGCCGGACCAAGAGGAGACGCAGACCACUAGCUUCUCGAUCAUCGCAUCGCCCGGCUUUUUUCACGACAGAUUUGCGAACAGCAGCCUGUCGUACAUCAGGAGCUCCUCCCAGCAGUUGAGCAUCGAAACGUCCUUGAACAAGCUUUUCCAGUGCAUGUCUCUCGCCUACAGACAGAAGUUGACAUCGCCCAAGUGGAAUCGAUUUAAAGGUAUCAGAUUGAGGUGGAAGGACAAGAUCAGAUUAAAUAACGUGAUCUGGAGAUGCUGGCACAUGCAAUUUAUAUUAAAGCAAAAUACGCUGGUAUGCCAGUUUGCGUCGCCACUUGACGUUGAUACUCAUAAUAAGCCUGAGGCGGUGGUCUUAGAGGGAAAAUACUGGAAACGAAAGCUUGCAGCCGUUACAGCUGAAUACAAGAAAUGGCGUAUGUUCUACCGAAACAAGAUCCUUGGCUGGACGAGCAAGGAUGGCACAGAAAUGAUGGAAUCAAUGGACAUGCUAGAUUGGGGCAAUGGAGGCGAAACCACCGGUAAUUUCGGAACGAGUAUAGGGCAUGUAUUCGGUGGUACCGGCGGAACUCCAAGCGGGGAGAGUAUGAUGGUUGAUGAGGAUUAUAUGGAAUUGAUGACUGACACCCUCUUUUCAACCAUCAGCUCAAAUCAACCAAUAUAUUUCCCCGAUCCUAGAGAAAUAGCGCGUGGUGCCAGUUUGGCAGACUUCAUGCAACCUAGUCUAUGUCCUUUACAACCAACUCUGGAUGAUUUUAUGGACACCUUAGAGCCGUUGCAAGAAUUCCUAAACUCAAAAUUGCCUCCUGUACCCGAGGAGGAUGAUAUGUUUCGGAAUAGCAGUUUAAAUACUAAUUAUUCUGAUCUGGACUUGAUGACACCAAUUAAUCAGAUGAACGAAAUAGGAGAAGAUCCAACGACGAUAAAAAACGAACAAACUUCGCAACAGCAACAACUAUCACAGGAAGAGCAAGAGGCUAGUAUGCAGAAUCUUCAGUACACCGCCAAGAUAUAUACUCAGUCCCAACCUGAAUCAGCAAAUGUAUAUAGGAAUAACAUAACUAUGAAUGAAGAUUAUAAUGCAAUCCAGUCAAACUUCGAAUCUACCACAAGUCAAUCCGCGCAAGAAAAGAAUAGAAAUAGUAGAACGACAUCAUCGAGAAGUAGCCGUAUGAUACAGCAAUCCCAACAGCAACAACAGAAUACUUAUCAAGUGACAAGGGCGCAACAAGCAAAUCCGGGAUUCCAACCGCAGUCACAGCAGCCGCAAUCUUACGCGAUGGAAAUUCAGACGGUACAAUUAGCAUCGGUACCAAGCCAGCCACAAACGGUGCAGAUCAGUGCGGCGAUAAACGGUCAAUCGGCGACAGUUAAUUCCAAUCAGAUAUCCUCGAUCGCCGCCGUGCAGAAUCUAGUGACAGUACAGCAUAAUUUCGCCGCGCAGGCCGGCAAUUCGCCGUUGCAAUCCCAGCACCCAGCAAUAAGGCCUUUACCGACCACUUCUCCGAUGUCUAGUAAGCCUUACAAAAUCGUUCAGCCGCAGCAGCAGUGUUAUAAGUUUCCAAACCUCGUACAAAAUCUCAAUGCUCAACAGUGUAAAUUUAACACUAAUAGCUUCAAGACACAUCCCACGCAACAAAUAGUAUCAGUUUCUUCGACGGAACAACCGUCACAGUCGCAGAUAUUGCUGCAGUGUAGAUCUACCGGUUUGGACCUUACUGCGCCCGCUCUGCACCCAACUAAACUACUACCUCAACCGACAACAUCCAACGCGGACAAAGAAGAGAUUUUUGCCGUACCUAAGUACCAAAUGAAAGGAAGGAACAGAUCACGAAGUAGCUCCUCUUUAACAGCACCCAGGAUACAUCCUCCACCAUUGGUAUCUGCAGUGAGCGAUCCAGCUCUGAAUCUGAAUAACAAUGUCUUACUUGCACAUUUACUUACGAAUAGUAAAAUAACGCAAGUGACGACUGCACAACAUAUCACAACCCCGGUGACUGUUCAAACAAUGCAGACAUCUAGCAUACAGCAGCAGACGCAAACGCAGCAACAGUCAAUGCAACCAUCUACAGCCCAACAGAUCCUUUUAAAUGCAAACAACCAAACGCACCAAUCUCAAAAUAGUCCUGGUUCACCAAAAGAUAGCAGUUCUAAUGCGCACAGUCCUCAGGCUUUAAGCCUUAGUCCCUUACACAGUCCCAUGAGUAUAGGUAGCCCCUUAUCGCCCACUCGCGGAUACAUCAAGGGUGAAUCAGAGAGAGGACAGUAUAAGGAACAAAGACGUGUCGGCCACAUUCAUGCGGAACAAAAGCGUAGAUAUAACAUCAAGAACGGUUUUGAUAUGUUGCACAGUCUGAUACCGCAGCUCAGUCAAAAUUCAAACGCGAAAUUGAGCAAAGCCGCAAUGCUGCAGAAAGGAGCAGAUUACAUCCGGCAGCUCAGAGCAGAGAGAAAUCAAUUGAAAGAAGAAAUGGAUAGCCUGAGACAUCAGAUCGAGUGCCUUAAUACAUCUAUUAGUAAUUGUCAAUCUAUGCUUCCUGCGACGGGUGCUCCAGUUUCUAGACAUAGAACCAGCAAAAUGAAAGAGAUGUUUGAUGAAUACGUACGUACGCGCACACGAGAAAACUGGAAAUUCUGGAUUUUCAGUGCAUUGCUAGAACCGCUGAUGCUAUCUUUCAAUGCUUCAGUCUCGACUGCGAGUAUCGAAGAUUUAUAUAGAAGUACAAUAUUGUGGGUAGAGCAACACUGCUCACUCGUCGAUCUCAGACCAGGUAUCAUUUUCAGCUGUUCUGAAUUCUCUAAGGAAUUUGUGCACUGCCACUGAUAUUUUAUCAGAUCCGGCCCGUCUACCCGAGGAAGCACUCGCGGCAGUUAAUCGGACGGAACGCCGACGAUCCACGCAGUGAUCAAGUGCGCAAAUUCUUGUUACAAUCUGUUUGUAUAAAAAUGUUCAAGGUUUAGAUAUAUAUACGAAUGUAAGGGAUGAUAGUUACCGUAUAGCUUAAAUUAUAGUCUAUGCAAAACAAAUAAUGAAAAAGGUUGUUAUUUGAUGAUAGCAGAAAUGCAAACGAAGAAAUAAGAGUAAAGGCAAUUCCUCUUUUUAUUACAAUAUAUUGAAAUUAUAAAAUUUAUUACAGAACAUACAUACAUAUAUACAUAUAUAUAUAUAUGUAUAUAUGGAUGUACGUAUUACACAGUACAGUUAUACUAGAAUAUAUACUGACAAUGCAAUACAUUGAUAUAUAACACAAUUAUUCACAGGCAAUUAUUUUUUGGUAAGAAAUGUUUCGUGUACUUUCUCUCACAUCUACUUUGUAUAAUAAUGUUUAAAGUUGCAUAAAAAAACGCGAUUUUCUCUAAUAAUAAAAAAAAAAUCUUUUUAAUAUCAUUUAUAAAAUAUUUACUUGUAGUAAAGAGAAAGCUACUUACAUAUUUAUAUCCAAUUGUCCAAUAAUUAAUAAUAAAUUAAUGAUAAUGAUACAGGAUAAAUAUCUACACUGAAUUUUUGUAUUAUGAAGAAACUAUUCCACUGCUUUGAGAAAUAUUCGGUUGAUAAAAACGAUUGAUAUGAUAAAUAUAAUUAUUAAAUUGUGGAAAUUUAAAAUUGUCAUUGUGAUAAUAAAAUAAUUGGAAGGAAAAACGAGAUUUUAGAAUUAAUAAUUAUAUCUUUUGUUUUAAUUGUUAUAUAAAUAUAUAUUAUAUAUUUUAUUAUAUUAAUUAUAUAAUAUAUAUCGUUAUAUAUCACAGAAUUGAUUAAAAAUUGUUACACAUAUUGUAAUUAUUAAAUCACUACAAAUUCUACCAUGAACAAAAGAAAAGUUUAGACUUAAUCCAUUUAUUUGCGGAAUUUGUAUGCAAUGAAAGUUAAAUAACACAUUAAAAAUAAUAGAAUCAGUGCCAUAAACUAAUAUCAUUUUGAUAGAUUACAAUCAAAGACAAUUCAGGAGUUAAAAAAGAGCAAUUAGGAAAUGACUUGAAGAGUAAGGAGAGAUAAAGAAAUGCAAAUAAUUUUCUUAAUAUAAAUUAUCAAUUAUUUGGUAAAUAUGUUGCUAUUAAAUUAUACUUCAAAACUAUACUAGAAGGAGAGAUAUGUAUACUUUAUGUGAAAUUGAUGUAAUUACAUGGACGAUAUAAAAAGGGGGUUGGCUCACAAAUUAUGUUUGCACUGUUAUAAAUGAGAUCUUUAUUAUGAAAAUUCAUAAUGAUGUACAAAUCACUUGCAAAAAGUUUGAGUACCGAAUAUAGUUUAAGCUACAAAGGAGACCUCUGCAUAUUAUAUCUUUUUUGUUAAUGUAAAAUGUAUAUAAUGAAAUUUAUAAUUCCAGGUAUGCAAACAAAACUGUUAAUAGUUUGAAAGCUAAAUUCUUUAAUUUGACAUUUUAUUGUGACUUUCGUUUGCCGUUUUAUUUUAGAUUGUACAGGAUAAUUCUUUUUUUUCCUUUUUUUUUUACAAAACAAUAUGUAGAAGUUCUCUCACACAGACACACACACACACACUCUCUCUCACUCACACUCACACUCACAUUGUGUAUGUACAUGAUAAGUGAUAAAUAAUAUAAGUGAACUCGUCGAAAAGGGAUGUUCUUUUGUACAAUAUGUAUCAUAAAGAUUCACAUGUUAUUAUUUCAAUAUUAUAACAACAUGAAGAAAUCUGAA